AAGAGACUGAUGUCUGUGAAGCGUGAAGUUUUGACACUCAGCACACACCCAUAGUGUACGCCUAUAGAACACACUCAGCGCGUGCUUCUAGUGCACACUGAGACACACAUUCACAGCACAUGCCCAUGGUUCACACGCAGGCAUAUACUCGCAGUACAUGCCACACACAUCGCACACGCACGGCUCCUCAUAUAGGGAGCGCCUGCUUUUCUUCUUCAUAUUUCCCAGGAAUUCAGAAUGAUUAAGCACCUCACACUGGGCUGAAUGCUUUGGGGAAGACAUUCUUCCGUUCAUCCACAGGGACUGUGGCACACUUGCUGCCUGCCCAGCACACAGACGGGCACUGGGAUACGGGCGUGGACUACCAAGGCAGAGCCGAGAUGACGCUGCCGUUCCCAGGACACCCAGGUGGCCAGAAUAGGCACAGCUGUGCACCAGUGUCUCCUGUGUUCCGGGCCCAGGGCUAAGGGAUAAUGAAAGACAAACUUCCCGUCCUCCGUGAAGGGAUGGUCAGCACUGAACAAGCUAUUACAAGGGCGGCUGCUUUAUGACAAAGUCUCAGGACGAGGGUGUCCCCCACCUGAAGACAAGGAGCCAGGCCCUGAGUGAUGCCCCGGAGCCGAGUGCCCACGGCCCCACCCUUCCCCAUGGAGAAAGGACUUGCUUUGCCCCAGGACUGCCGGGACUUUCUGCACAGUCUGAGAAUGAGGAGCAAAUAUGCCCUUUUCCUGGCUUUUGUGGUGGUGGUUUUUGUCUUUAUUGAAAAGGAAAAUAAAAUCAUAUCGAGGGUCUCGGACAAGCUGAAGCAGAUCCCCCAGUCCCUGGCAGAUGCCAACAGCACGGACCCAGCCCUGGUCUUGGCCGAGAACGCAUCCCUCUUGUCCCUGAGCGAGCUGGAUUCAGCCUUCACGCAGCUGCAGAGCCGCCUGCGAAACUUCAGUCUGCAGCUGGGCUUGCAGCCAGCGGAGGAGGAGGAGGAGGAGACCAAGAGGGAAGAGGAGGAGGCUGCGGAGGAGGAACAGGGGGAGCAGCCACCGGACCCCGCCGAGGCCCGCCGCCGGCGCCACGUGCUCCUCAUGGCCACCACCCGCACCGGCUCCUCUUUCGUGGGCGAGUUCUUCAACCAGCAGGGCAACAUCUUCUACCUCUUCGAGCCGCUGUGGCACAUCGAGCGCACGGUGUCCUUCGAGCCGGGAGGCGCCAGCGCGGCGGGCUCGGCCCUGGUCUACCGGGACGUGCUCAAGCAGCUCUUCCUGUGCGACCUGUACGUGCUGGAGCACUUCAUCAGCCCGCUGCCCGAGGACCACCUGACGCACGGCAUGUUCCGCCGCGGCUCCAGCCGCUCCCUGUGCGAGGACCCGGUGUGCACGCCCUUCGUCAAGAAGGUCUUCGAGAAGUACCACUGCAAGAACCGCCGCUGCGGGCCCCUCAACGUGACGCUGGCCGCCGAGGCCUGCCGCCGCAAGGAGCACAUGGCGCUCAAGGCCGUGCGCAUCCGCCAGCUGGAGUUCCUGCAGCCGCUGGCCGAGGACCCGCGCCUGGACCUGCGCGUCAUCCAGCUGGUGCGCGACCCCCGCGCCGUGCUGGCCUCGCGCAUGGUGGCCUUCGCGGGCAAGUACGAGACCUGGAAGAAGUGGCUGGCCGAGGGGCAGGACCGGCUGCGCGAGGAGGAGGUGCAGCGGCUGCGGGGCAACUGCGAGAGCAUCCGCGUGUCGGCGGAGCUGGGCCUGCGGCAGCCCGCCUGGCUGCGCGGCCGCUACAUGCUCGUGCGCUACGAGGACGUGGCCCGCCGGCCGCUGCAGAAGGCGCGCGACAUGUACCGCUUCGCGGGCAUCCCGCUCACCCCGCAGGUGGAGGACUGGAUCCAGAAGAACACGCAGGCGCCCCGCGACGGCAGCGGCAUCUACUCCACGCAGAAGAACUCCUCGGAGCAGUUCGAGAAGUGGCGCUUCAGCAUGCCCUUCAAGCUGGCGCAGGUGGUGCAGGACGCCUGCGGCCCCGCCAUGCGCCUCUUCGGCUACAAGCUGGCCCGGGACGCCGCCUCGCUCACCAACCGCUCGGUCAGCCUGCUGGAGGAGCGCGGCACCUUCUGGGUCACGUAGGGGGCCUGGGGCCUCCGCACCCUCCUCGUGAAAGUCCCGCCCUGCCUUCCUCAACCCAGGUCAGCCGCGACCGACCUACUGGAGCCGGAGCGCUCGGCUCGCUCGCAGAGGCUGGUGGGAGGCCGCGCAGGGAGCAGGCCGGCUCUGCGGUAGAAGCUGCUCCCAGCAGCCAGCUUCCCCAGCGGCUGUGGGCUGGGGCUGGGGCUGCUGCCGAGAACAGGACGGUGCCCUGCCCCCGUGCGGGCCAUCAACCCAGACCUGAGGGGCAGGCUCUCGCCUAUUGACAGUCUCUCUCUCUCUCUCUCUCUCUCUCUCUUACACUCAUACACACAGAAACAUACAUGAAGCACACAUAAAUGCCUGUACCCUGUGGGCCAGACCACAGCCCCACAGUCUGGAUUUCUACAAUCCAGCGUGGAUUCGGGUGGUCCCCAGGGAGGGACAGCCCAGGCCCUGGGGUUAGAGGAUGGCAGCUGAGGCUUCCCCAUUCAGUGUUUCCAUAAAUGGGCCACCUGUGCCGGUUAACGAUGGAGUCAGCUCUGUGACGAGCUACAACACACGUAUAAAGACAAUACCCGCGGGCACAGGGCACAGCACACAGCACACACUGGGAAACAGAAACAAUUCUGCACACACACAUGAAAACAAACGGACAAGCUUUCCCUUUGCUCUACGCCCACAGGCUUGGUAGGGCUCAUCUGCAUCACACACCAGUUUGGGAGCUGGGGAAGGAAACGUGGUCAUGGCCGUGACCUUGUUUCCUGACUGGAUUUGGGAUGAAUGGGACAACAGAAGUGCGGAGUCUACGGCCCCUGCUCACCUUGGAGUCUCGGGGCCCAUUCACGUCCUUGCUGCUGGCAGGCAGGACGUUUUGAAAUGGUCGACCCUCAUGUGACUGCAGCCCAAAGUUCCCAUCCCUUCCCAUCCCAGCUCUGCUCAUGUCCUGGGGCAUGUCUGUGUCUGAAGGCUGCCUCAGGCCUGACUGGCAGAAGCAGCUGGGGUCCCGGGAAGCAAAAGGAACUCAUGGUCCUGCCCCCUCCAGCCAGGCCUCUGGGGGGCAGGGCCCAGUGACAGUGCAGAGUGCUCUCGGAGGAGAAGUCACAUCAGGAUAGCCCCUCCUGAGAAGACAGGGGACAGCGGUCAGCGGUCAGCCUCCUGCUGGUCGCCAUGAUUGCAUGGCUGGUGUCUGAAAUUCCUCCUUUAGGGUUCUGGGAAGAGUGUUGCUUAACAGGAUGGACCGGGUAUUUGUUUUCUGGUGUGUGUGUGUGUGUGUGUGUGUGUGUGUUGUUUUUAAGAUAUUUAUGGUUUGGUGUCUUGUUUUGUGGACAGGCUAUGUUUUUGUUUCUGCAGAAGUGCCUCUUGGAAGCGGUCUGUGCUUGAGGGGCUGAAGGGCUCUGGGAGGACCCGUGGGAAGCACUCUGGUGCUUGCUGGAGGGAGAGGAGGAGGAGGAAGAGCCUCCUCCAAGGAUCAGAGCUUAGGUGGCCACUGACCCGGAGUGCCCUUCGGGCUUUUCUGAAACGAAUCUCAGAAACCACCAGCAUUCUUCGCUGCAUGUCCAGAAGCAGCAUAAAUUAGCAGCCCUCAGCCCAGGCCCAAUCACACUUCCGGGGGGGCAGGCCCUAUGACCAAGCAGCAAAUGUCCCCAAAAUAGACACCUUCCCCCACUCCCACCCCAACCCGGGAGCCAAGCUCAGUGCCAUCUAAGAACAUGCAGGAAGCUGUAACCUCACUAAGGGCUGUUUCUGAUUUCCUGGACAACCUCUGUCCAGUCCAUCCCAUUGUCAAGCCCAGAGGGCUGAGUUUUCCUUGAGUAAUAGGGACAUGAGGGAAAGACAGGAUCUGCGUCCAGCUGGGGCUGCUGUGGGGAAGGGAGGGGUGUGUCCUGCUGGAAACUGCCGUUUGAAAAGGUGAGGAUGGUAGCCAUCUUAUGGGGUCCCUUAUAACCACCGGAUCUGAGCUGCCGGGCACGCAUCACCAUGGACUUCAGCCACUCGAGGAGGUCUCCACUCCAGGCUUUCCAGUCCAAGGAUAAGUCAUGCAGGGAUCUGGCUCUAAUUUGGGGUCCAAAGCGACUCCAGCUCUGAAAACUUGACCCUGGGACAGCGUGGGGCCAGGAUUUUUCUGGCAGGCCCAGAAGGGCUGGUGGUGCUUCCCCAGCCCCUGUCCUGCCCCCCACACUGUUCCCCACCUGGGGGUGGUGGGGGCAGGCUCCUCUCUCCAGGGUCCUUCCUGGGCCCUCCUGGUGUGGACAGCAGACUUCUCCUUCCUUCUUAUGUCCGGGGCCAAGGCCCCCACCCCUAAGCUCUGAGGACUGUGCCGAGUGGACCUUUGGGACGUCUCAGGACAUUGACAAUUUGUACACAGCAAGUUGACUUAUUUAUUUUGUGAAAACGAAGUGACAGAAAAUACCUUCUUGUGUGCAGGGACUCAAAGCUGUACCCAAAUCAAGAGAGACAAACUAGUAAUAAUAAGAACUCUUCACUCAUCCACACACAAGGACAAUCCAAGACGAUUCAGAAUGCAGGAGGCAACUACACCAAGGCCACAGGAGUCAAGACAGCCCAGGCUUUUGUUUAAGGAGAUUCCUUGGUUUCCUCUUGCAGAUUUGAGGAUGCGACAGUAAGGCCCUUUCUGCUGUACGACCUUUGCCCAGGUGCCUGGAACAGGACACAACUCCAGUCAGUGUUGCCUUGGGGCUCUGGGAACCCUGGGGGUUUGGGGAAGGACAGGGUGGGUGACUUGCCUUUUCAUCCGUGGGGCCUGGUUGGGGUCACGUCCCUGGGGUUUUCAGCAUGGAACUAGCUGGGGCCGGUGGUCCAGCUGGGGCAGUGCCCUCUUGUCCUGGUUUCUCUGCUUCUGCUGAUCCACCAGGAGCCUUCGCUCCACAGCCCCCCUCCACCCCCUGGAGACAGAGGGAGCAUUUGAGGCCUCACCUCCAGCUACUGGCUUCCUCAGAACAAGGGCCCAUUCAGCAGCGAGCAUUUACUCAUUUUUUCUCCUUGAAGAAGAUCUCUUUAGCCUGGCCUAUAUAAAUAGUUCAGAACAUUCCAGGCCUUGGUGAGACAGGGCAGUGUCUAACACCCGCAAGCCAUCACCACCACUGCCCGUUCCUGGCUUCUCUGUGCCUGUUUGUAAGCCUUGGAGUGGAGGCAGGCACCGGGGAGUGGACGGUGGGGGCAGGAGUCCUGUGGCCCC